AUGGUCUACAGGUCAGAUUCGGGUGCUGAGGGCCUCGUCAAGCGACUGCGUGAGACAUUUGUGACAUUCGGCAUCCCUGAAGAGUUGACAUCUGAUGGGGGUCCACAGUUCAAGGCAGGAAAGACACAGGAAUUCUUGAAGGCAUGGGGGGUUAGACACAGGGUCUCAUCCGUUGCAAACCCACAUGCUAACUGCAGGGCUGAACUGGCUGUGAAAACGGUGAAACGCAUGCUCAUGGAUAACAUUACGCGCAGCAGGGUCCCUCGAGUCGACAAGUUCCAGAGAGCAUUACUGAUGUACAGGAACUCUGUCGACCCAGAGACGAAGUCCUCUCCGGCACUGAUCUUAUUCGGGCGACCCAUCCGUGAUGCCAUCCCUAUCCCGCUGGGCAGAUAUUCUCCCCACGAAACAUGGACAGAGCUGAUGUCCCAUCGAGAGAUGGCACUCGCUCGACGGCACUCCAGGGAGCAUGAACGGUGGAAUGAACACACUCACCGGUUACCAGCACUGCAGGUGGGAGAUCAUGUCUACCUCCAGAAUUUGGUGGGCAACCACCCAAGAAGAUGGGAACGCACCGGGACGGUCAUAGAGGUACGGCAGUACCACCAGUAUGCUAUCCGUGUCGACGGUGCGGGCAGAGUCACUAUCCGGAACCGCCAACAUCUUCGCAAGUUCACCCCUUUCAACAGAACUCCCAACGGGGGCACAGCAGUAGAAUCCAGCCCAGUUGCGCAGCAACCGCAGGAAGUGAUCUCCGAUCACCCCACUCACUUCCAAGCAACACACCCACACGACAUCCAGAAUCACAUCCCAUCACCAUCACCGUUUGGGCAUCAGACGCCGCUCGUCCCAAACAAGUCACCCACCGUGGCUCCUACGCCUGUACGUGUGUCCCAGACACCCCUAGCGCCACAGAGACUGAACUUCGAUCGUUCGGACCACCACUCUCCUUGCCCGGAUGAUCCGGCUAUGACCCGGGUACCACGUGCUAUUGCCCGUCUCCAGCCUCACAAUAAGCCUGGUACUAAGGAGCUACUGACACCGCGCAGGCCUGGCCGCCUAGUCAGGGAAGCAGAAUACCAACACAGUGAGGGAUGA